AUGGCCAGCGCUUACAAUCCUGGGGAUGGUAGAUCCUCAUCAACUGAAGAGAUGCCAAAUGAUCAGCAGAAUUAUUCCGAGAAUUCUCUAUCUGAGAGAAGAUCCAGUCAGCAAGUUGAGAAUGGAGUACCAUCCACCUCACCAGCUUACUCGGACACUGAUGAUGACGAUUGUGGACCUAGGCCUUCUGAACUUUAUGGAAAGUUUACAUGGAGAAUUGAUAAUUUCUCCCAAAUCAACAGGAGUGAGCUAAGGAGUAAUUCCUUUGAUGUCGGCGGAUAUAAGUGGUAUAUCUUAAUUUACCCACAAGGAUGUGAUGUCUGCAAUCACCUCUCACUCUUUCUCUGUGUUGCCAACCAUGAUAAGCUACUCCCAGGAUGGAAUCACUUUGCACAAUUUACAAUAGCUGUAAUUAAUAGAGACCCUAAGAAAUCUAAGUAUUCUGAUACACUGCAUCGGUUUUGGAAGAAAGAGCAUGAUUGGGGGUGGAAAAAGUUUAUGGAGCUGUCAAAAUUACAUGAUGGCUUUAUUGUUGAGGAUGUUCUUACCAUCAAAGUCCAAGUUCAAGUUGUCAGUUUCAGUGGAUUCUGGCUGGCAAUGGAUCCAAGUGUGCGUCGGCACAUGACAAGGGAAAAGACUGAAACUAUAUUGAGAGUUCUAGUGAAACAAUUCUUUAUAGAGAAAGAAGUUACAUCAACCUUGGUAAUUGAAUCACUAUAUAGCGGAUUUAAGGCACUAGAAUACCAAAGCAAAAACAAAAAGGGGAUACCUAAACUAACAGAGACAGAUGCUCAGAGCACACCGAUGGUGCUUAUUGAUCAGGACAUGUUUGUUUUGGCUGAUGAUGUGAUACUUUUGCUUGAAAGAGCUGCAUUGGACACACUACCACACCAACCAUUGCCCACAAAAGAUGAUAAAGGAUCACAGUACCGCACAAAGGAUGACAACUCAAGUGACGAGUUCGACAAAGAUUCUAUUGAGCGUGAUGAUAGACGGCUUACAGAGCUAGGCUGGAAGACACUGGAACUUUUUGCCUUAGCUCAUAUAUUCAGCCGAACAGAAGUGGCAUACCAAGAGGCGAUGGCUUUGAAGCGCCAAGAGGAACUCAUUCGUGAAGAAGCAUCUGAGCGAGCUGGAGUUGAACUUAAGGCAAAGCGUAGUGCUGCUGAUAAGAAAAGGCGUGGCAAGAACAUGUGA